AUGACGCAAAAGAGAAUCAACUCGGAUGAGGAUGACGAAAGUAUCGGACUGGUCAACGGAAAGUCACGACGCGAAGAAUGCUCUUGGAGCUGUGGUCUGGCGCAGUUCCUGGAUGACCUGUCAGGAGCUGUCGGCUACAAGCUCUUAGUGCUGCUCUUCUUCGUGCAGCAUGUUGGGAGGGGCUUUGUCUCUGACUUCACAUCCCAGGCAGAUCCCUACGUGUACAAAACGUACAGCGUCCCAGCACCCGUUGUUCAGAUCUUCUCAGGCAUCACACAACUCCCCUGGGCGCUAAAGCCAAUUAUUGGCCUCCUGAGCGAUUCCUUUCCAAUUGGCGGGUACCACAAGUUUCCAUAUAUGUGCAUUAGCGUCGUUGCCGGCACGAUCGCACUUCUGGUCGUGGGAGCGAUGCCCCAUGACCUUCUGCCGGUGCCUCUGUUGGUGACCUGCCUGUUCCUCAUGCAAUCGCAGCUGUCAGUAUGCGACAUCCUUUCUGAGGCAAAGUACGCAGAGAAGAUUCAGGAGUUGCCCGCCUACGGGCCUCAUGUUCUGAGCUAUGUGUGGUUCGGGAUGAACAUCGGGUCGUUACUUGGUAUGUCGCUCUCCGGCUUGGUGCUUGCCGUCGCAUCGCCGAAGCUGCCGUACCUGAUCUCAGCAUUGCCUGCUGCCUUGAUUAUGAUCCCGCUGCUACUGGGCUUCCUGGAAGAGAAGGAGGUGAGCGCUGACGAAGCGGCAGAAGCCCGCAGAAGGAUCUCCUUGCAGCCGGAGGCCAUCUUCCUCAGCUUGUUGAUGUGCGCUGUGUGUGUGGGCCUGACAGUGACUGGCCUGAUCACAUCCAACACCUACGUCAAUGCCGCGGCUGCAACUGCCGUUUUCUUCCUGGUGGGGGUUGCAUUCACCGUUUUGCUCUCCCCAACGGUUGCAAAGUUCAACCUGUGGUCGUUGCUCCAGACCUCCAUGACGCUGUCGACCAGUGGCGCAUCAUUUUAUUUCAUGACUGACACGCCGGAGCAGUAUCCGGAGGGGCCGCAUUUCUCGCCCUUCUUUUACAACUCGGUCAUUGGAACAGUGGGUGCAUUGAUGUCAUUGGCUGGAAUUAUAACUUUUCAGCGCUAUAUGGUGGGCUUCGAAUACAGGAAUCUACUGCUUGUAACAAACAUCGCCUACUGCCUGCUGAAUGCGACUGAUGCUCUGUUGUACAGUCGAUUCAAUCAGACCGUGGGGAUUCCAGAUCACGUCUUCGUUAUUGGCACCGGCGUGGUGCAGAACAUCAUGAACCAAUGGCAGUGGCUGCCGCAAGUCAUCAUUUUAUCCUAUUUUUGCCCCAAGGGUAUGGAAGCCACCAUGUACGCGCUGUUGGCUGGUUGCCACAAUCUUGGCAACACCAUCGCAAGCUGUUGGGGAGCGCUGCUGUUGCAAAGUCUGGGCGUGACCCCCAGUGGAGCAGUGGGGGAGUCGGACAGGUUCGACAAUCUAUGGAAAGCGUCCGUGGUCGCCUCCUGCUUGCCCAUCAUCACCGUGGUUGCGCUGUUCCAAUUCAUUCCAGCUGUCAGGCAGGGUGACCGUGUGGUGGACCCACAUGCAACGGCCACGAAGGGAUCUUUGUGGAAGCGCUUCUGGGGCGUGGACGACUGA